AAUAAUAUAGUUCAAUAUAAUAAUAUAUCAUAAUAUAAUAAUUAUAUAUUAUAUCUUACAUGUAAUAUUACUAAUAUUAUUACUAAUGUUAGGUAUUGCAGCGGCACAGUGGGUUAAACCCUGGUGCCGGCUGGACUGCUGACGUAAAGUAUGUUCUCAAAUCACUUCUGACACGAUUUUAAAAACUAAUAAUAUUGCAGCAUAGUGGUAUAGUACAAUAUACCGGAAAUAAUAUACAGUAGAGUCUCACUUAUCCAACAUAAACGGGCCAGCAGAACGUUGGAUAAGCGAAUAUGUUGGAUAAUAAGGAGGGAUUAAGGAAAAGCCUAUUAAGCAUCAAGUUAGGUUAUGAUUUUACAAAUGAAGCACCAAAACAUCAUGUUAGACAACAAAUUUGACAGAAAAAGUAGUUCAAUACGCAGUAAUGCUAUGUAGUAAUUACUGUAUUUACGAAUUUAGCACCAAAAUAUCAUGAUAUAUUGAAAACAUUGAAUACAAAAAUGCGUUGGAUAAUCCAGAACGUUUGAUAAGCGAGUGUUGGAUAAGUGAGAGACUACUGCAUUUUUAUUUUAUAUUAUUGUUAUAUUUUGUUUUUAUUAUUUUAAAUUAUUACUAUUUUAUAUUAUUUUAUUCUCCCAACAACCCAGAUCUCUCUUAUUUUGUGUGGUGUUGUUGUUGUUGUUGUUGUUGUUAUUUCCCCCUCCCAAUAACCCUGCAAAGUUAUUUAUUAUUUCUUCUUUUUUAUUAUUAUUAUUAUUAUUAUUAUUAUUAUUAUUAUUAUUAUGGAUAAGUGAGACUCUACUGUAAUUAUAUAUUAUAUAUUACAUGUAAUAUUACUAAUAUUAUUACUAAUAUUAGGUAUUGCAGUGGCACAGUGGGUUAAACCCUUGUGCCAGCUGGACUGCUGACCUGAAGUAUGUUCUCAAAUCACUUCUGACACGAUUUAAAAAACUAAUAAUAUUGCAGUAUAGUGGUAUAGUACAAUAUACCGGAAAUAAUAUAUCACGUUAUAAAGUGUCUGAAAGCUUUGGGUUAUAUAUACAUAUGGGUGGAUGACUGACAUACAGAUACUGUAGUUUGUGAGGUAAACUGCUUGGCCAUUGCUUGCACCAUUGCUAAUGGGAGGUGCCGUUUGUUAGGACAGUAGCUAAGGGAGGAGGAGACUGAUUGGCCGUUGCUUAGGUCUUUAAUUUUACCUUUCUCAGGUGUGCCAGGUUUGUGAGAGUAGGCUUAAAACAGCUCACAAUGUCUGAGAAUGCCUGCCAUAGAUGUGGGUGAAAUGUCAAGAGAGAAUACUUCUGGAACAUAGCUACACAGCCCGGAAAACACACAAGAGGCCCCACCCCUGCCCCGGCCCCGCCCUUUAGUCCUAAAAGGCCUCUCAGGAGAGAUAUAGAGGCUCAGCCCUGUCUCGGGCUCUUGGGAAGAAGCCCCGCCCCCAACCCCUAGCCCCGCCCUUUAGUCCUAAAAGGCUUUUCAGGAGAAAUGUAGAGGCUCAGCCCUGUCUUAGGCUCUUGAAAGGAAGCCCCGCCCACACCCCUAGCCCCGCCCUUUAGUCCUAAAAGGCCUCGAAGGAGAAGUAUAGAGGCUCAGCCCUGUCUCGGGCUCUUGGGAAGAAGCCCCGCCCCCACCCCUAGCCCUGCCCUUUAGUCCUAAAAGGCUUUUCAGGAGAAAUGUAGAGGCUCAGCCCUGUUUUAGGCUCUUGAAAGGAAGCCCCGCCCACACCCCUAGCCCCGCCCUUUAGUCCUAAAAGGCCUCUCAGGAGAGGUAUAGAGGCUCAGCCCUGUCUCGGGCUCUUGGGAAGAGGCCCCGCCCCCACCCCUAGCCCCGCCCUUUAGUCCUAAAAGGCUUUUCAGGAGAAAUGUAGAGGCUCAGCCCUGUCUUAGGCUCUUGAAAGGAAGCCCCGCCCACACCCCUAGCCCCGCCCUUUAGUCCUAAAAGGCCUUUCAGGAGAGGUAUAGAGGCUCAGCCCUGUCUCGGGCUCUUGGGAAGAGGCCCCGCCCCCUUCCCUAGCUCCGCCCUCUGAAUCCCAAGAAGCAUCUCAGGAGAGGUAUAGAUUCUCAGCCCUGUCUCAGGCUCUUGGGAAGAGGCCCCGCCCACACCCCUAGCCCCGCCCUUUAGUCCUAAAAGGCCUCUCAGGAGAGGUAUAGAGGCUCAUCCCUGUCUCGGGCUCUUGGAAGGAAGCCCCGCCCCCUUCCCUAGCUCCGCCCUCUGUGUCCCAACAAGCGACUCAGGAGAGGUAUAGAUCCUCAGCCCUGUCUCGGGCUCUUGGGAAGAAGCCACGCCCACUCCUCUAGCUCCACCCCCUGCGUGUCCUAACAGGUGUCUCAGGUGCUCAGCCCUGUCUCCGGCACUUGGGAAGAGGCCCCGCCCCUCCUCUGGCUCCGCCCCCGUGUCCUAAUAGGUGCCAUCACCGCCCCCCUGGAUCACUCCAGCGCCCACUGGGGGGCGGUAUUGCCCACUUUGACAUUAUUAGACCUUGGAUUGUAUAUGAACAAGACUGUUUCUGAUGAUCACGUGAAAGCUCAGUUAGUGCAAAAUCCAGACUCCACGGCCAGGAUAUGUAUUUCCUGUGGAUAAGAAGAGGCAGCUAAGAUUUCAACCCAAAUGGUUCAGCAGAUUUCCCUGUACAUUUCAUGUAAGUACGGCUCCUGGCCGGCUUGCACAGCCAAGCGGUUUUGGCCCGUGAAGCAACCUGCUUUCCUCUGCUGGCCUGCAACCUUCUCGGAGGGGAAGCUCUGCUUCCCUGCAGGAAAUGACUGAGCGGAGUGAGGUUCCUCCAGAGCACAAAAGCCGGGCGUCCCGCAUGCGAGGCGGCUGGAGAUCUCAUCCAGGGCCAGGAUGGUGCUGUCGGAGGGCCUGCCGCCCCUGUCCCCGCUCUCCUUGAAGGCCUAUGGCACCAUGGGGGAGCCCUGGGGCCCCACCAAGACCCCCACCCGAAGGUCCUACCUGGUGGUGGCCGUGCUGUGCUUCCUCAACCUGGUCAAUUACAUGGACUGGUUCCUCGUGGCAGGGGUGCUUCUCGACAUACAACGAUACUUCGGACUCGUAGACAGCACGGCAGGACUGUUGCACACAGUUUUCAUCCUCUGCUUCUUGUUCUCGGCACCACUCUUUGGGUUCUUGGGAGACAGAUACAACCGGAAGAUCAUCCUCGGGGCGGGAAUCCUGCUCUGGUCUGGCAUGACCCUCGGCAGUUCGUUCAUCACGGAGUCGAUGGCCUGGCUGUUCUUUGUCUCGCGGGGCCUCGUGGGUGCUGGUACUGCCAGCUAUUCGACCUUGGCACCCACCCUCAUCGCCGACCUGUUUGAGAAGGACCACCGGACUUGGAUGCUCUCUCUUUUCUACAUCUUCAUUCCAGUCGGAAGCGGCCUUGGCUACAUCCUGUCUUCCGGAAUGGCCCAGGCCACCGGUCACUGGAGCUGGGGCUUCCGGGUGACCCCUUGCAUGGGAGCCGUGGGCCUGGUCUUCCUCAUUUUCCUGGUCCCCAAAUCGGCCAACGCUUCAGCGGAGAAACUGGAAGACAACGAUGUUCGUGGUGGAGGCUCCACUUGGCUCCAAGACGUCUCCUCUCUCUGCAAAAAUCGAAGUUUCCUCUGGUCCUCGCUGGGGGUGACGGCCAUGGGCUUCGUCACGGGGGCCCUCAGCUUUUGGAUCCCCGUCUUCCUUUAUCGAGCUCAGCUCGUCCUUCAUUGGAUCCCGCCGUGCGAGAAAGUGGAAACGUGCAACACAUCCAACAGCCGUAUAUUUGGAGGAAUUACGAUUGCGACAGGUAUUUUGGGAGUCGUGACUGGAGCGGAAGCAGCCAGGCGGUACAAGAAGAUCAACGCAAAAGCUGAUCCUCUGAUCUGCGCUCUUGGGUCGUUGGCUUCGGCACCGUGUAUGUACCUGGCCAUCAUGUUGGCACAGGACAGUAUCCUGGCUACAUAUAUCUUCAUUGCCCUUGCCGGAUUUUUCCUCUCUCUCAACUGGGCCGUGGUGACUGACAUCCUCUUGUACGUGGUGAAGCCCGCCUGCCAGUCGACCGCGGUGUCCCUGCAGAUUUGUGUCAGCCACUUGCUGGGGGACGCUGGGAGCCCCUACCUCAUUGGCAUCAUUGCGGAUGCCAUCCAAGGCAAACAAGGAGAUCGCACCUUCCUCUGGGACUUCCGGAGCCUGCAGUACAGUUUUGUCCUUUGCGUCUUCGUGGGAGUCCUGGGCGGAGGCUGCUUCCUCAUGACCGCCCUCCACAUCGAGGAGGAUCAGAGCGAAGCGGCCGCCUCGGCAGCCUCAACGGUCCAAGGCACCGAUAACAAAAAUUACAUCUCUCACGAAGAAGGUCUCUGAGGCCGAUGCCAUAAUGUGACUCAAAGCUCAAGAUGGAGAAGAAUGGAAUAUCAACACAUGGACUUCCUCGCAUGGGGCUUUGAUGACAAACAUUCCCUCUAAAUCCUCAAGGGGGACGCGAUGGCCAUCUUCUCCAGUGCGUCUACACUGUAGAGUUAAUGCAGUUUGGCAGCACUUUAACUGCCGUAGUUCAGUGCUAUGGAACUGCAGGACUUGUCCUUGUACACGCUCCCCACAAACACCACGAUUUAGCAAUAUGAGCCGUAGCAGUUCAUAUUGAUAUUCAUGCCUGUGUUAAUACUAAAGUCCAGAUGUACUUAGUGCCACAGGAUACUGGGAGUUGCAGUCUGGUGUGGCCAGGAAGGCUAAAACUACAACUCCCAUUAUACCUUUUGCAUUCUAAAUGUGUGUUUUCCAAUCAGUUAUUUUUAGUCUGGGAAUGACUCAUAAAUAUUGAUGCCAUCUCCCUUGCAAUUUCCCUUGCUUUUUGUAAACAUUAAUUAGCAAUUUAAUUAAGAGCGCAAAUUGAGGUUUCUGUUCGGAGAAUGCAAGGUUUUUACGGAGAAGACUGUCUCAGACCAUGAGCUAAUCCUUUCUAUCUAUACACUGCCCUGUUGUGGUUGCAUCUAAGCACUGCAUAUAUUCAUCCCUAGAGGCUAAUAGCUAAUCCUUUCUAUCUCUACACUGUCCUCUUGUGGGUACAUCUGAGCACUGCAUAUAUAGAGAGGCUAAUAUCUGAUCCUUUCUAUGUAUACAUUGCCCUCUUGUGGUUACAUCUAAGCAUUGCAUACAUUCAUCCCUAGAGGCUAAUAGCUAAUCCUUUCUAUCUAUUGACUGCUAUCUUGUGGGUACAUCUGAGCACUGCAUAUAUAGGCUAAUAUCUAAUCCUUUCUAUGUGUACAUUGCCCUCUUGUGGUUGCAUCUAAGCGCUGCAUGCAUGCAUCUUCAAAGGCUAGUAGCUAACCCUUUCUAACUGUCCUCUUGUGGCUGCAUCCGAACAAUGCAAAUAUCCAUCCCUAGAGAUUAAUAGCUAAUCCUUUCUAUGUAUACAUUGCCCUCUAGUGGCUGCAUCUAAGCACUGCAUACAUUCAUCCCUAGAGGCUAAUAGCUAAUCCUUUCUAUCUCUACACUGUCCUCUUGUGGCUGCAUCCGAACAAUGCAAAUAUCCAUCCCUAGAGACUAAUAGCUAAUCCUUUCUAUGUAUACAUUGCCCUCUUGUGGUUGCAUCUAAGUGCUGCAUACAUGCACCUUUAGAGGCUAGUAGCUAAUCCUUUCUAUCUCUACACUGUGGUUGCACCUAAGCAUUACUAGAGGUGAAUAGCUAAUCCUUUCUAUCUCUGUACUGCCCUUAUGUGGUUGCACCUAAAGCACUGCAUGCAUUCAUCCCGAGAGGCUAGUAGCUAAUCCUUUCUAUCUCUACACUGCCCUCUUGUGGGUACAUCUGAACACUGCAUAUAUAUAGAGACUAAUAUCUAAUCCUUUCUAUGUAUACAUUGCCUCUUGUGGUUGCAUCUAAGCGCUGCAUACAUGCAUCUUCAGAGGCUAGUAGCUAAUCCUUUCUAUCUCUACGCUGUGGUUGCACCUACGCAUUACUAGAGGCGAAUAGCUAAUCCUUUCUAUCUCUGUGUUGCCCUCAAGUGGUUGCACCUGAGCACUGCAUGCAUUCAUCCCGAGAGGCUAGUAGCUAAUCCUUUCUAUCUCUACACUGCCCUCUUGUGGGUACAUCUGAGCACUGCAUAUAUAUAGAGGCUAAUAGCUAAUCCUUUCUAUCUCUGUGUUGCCCUCAAGUGGUUGCACCUGAGCACUGCAUGCAUUCAUCCCGAGAGGCUAGUAGCUAAUCCUUUCUAUCUCUACACUGCCCUCUUGUGGGUACAUCUGAACACUGCAUAUAUAUAGAGGCUAAUAUCUAAUCCUUUCUAUGUAUACAUUGCCUCUUGUGGUUGCAUCUAAGCGCUGCAUACAUGCAUCUUCAGAGGCUAGUAGCUAAUCCUUUCUAUCUCUACGCUGUGGUUGCACCUACGCAUUACUAGAGGCGAAUAGCUAAUCCUUUCUAUCUCUGUGUUGCCCUCAAGUGGUUGCACCUGAGCACUGCAUGCAUUCAUCCCGAGAGGCUAGUAGCUAAUCCUUUCUAUCUCUACACUGCCCUCUUGUGGGUACAUCUGAGCACUGCAUAUAUAUAGAGGCUAAUAGCUAAUCCUUUCUAUCUCUGUGUUGCCCUCAAGUGGUUGCACCUGAGCACUGCAUGCAUUCAUCCCGAGAGGCUAGUAGCUAAUCCUUUCUAUCUCUACACUGCCCUCUUGUGGGUACAUCUGAACACUGCAUAUAUAUAGAGGCUAAUAUCUAAUCCUUUCUAUGUAUACAUUGCCUCUUGUGGUUGCAUCUAAGCGCUGCAUACAUUCAUCCCUAGAGGCUAAUAGCUAAUCCUUUCUAUCUAUACACUGUCCUCUUGUGGCUGCGUCCGAACAAUGCAAAUAUUCAUCCUUAGAGACUUAAUAGCUAAUCCUUUCUAUCUCUACUCUUCAAACCAAAGGGAAGUUCAUUCGAAUGUGUUAAACCUCUUUAUACUCCUUAAAUCUCUUCCAUCGGAUAUAUUUCGAGUCAUUUUCCACCUUUUUUUGGCUUGGAAAAAGCAGUCCUGCCUUCCCUGGGUGUUUACCAUUCUCAGAUAAAUCAUGAAUGAAAAGCAAAAGGCUUUUUUUCUUUCUUUCGGGAAACCAGAAACACUCGUCUUCACAGUUUAGCACCUUCCUUCCAUGCGAAGCGUGUUUCUCCUUCCGUGAAUAGAAGCAGGUGUUAAUUUGAACUUGAGAGUAAAAGAGAGAGAACCAUUGAGAAACAUCCAAGACUGUCUGUUUUUCCUCUACCACAGACAUCCCAGUGUUUCUGACUCUAACCCUAAUUUGCAUGACCCCGCCCACUGCCUCUCCCAUAACCCUUUCCUACUCUUUUCUAUGGCACACAGCAAACAGAGGAAUUGGACCUGGCUUACUUACUUAAUAAUAAACUUAUUAUUAUUAUUA